GUACUUUAGUCACUCAGUCAGUGGACUCCAAUGUUUAUUAAGUCGUGUGUGGACAAAACUGAACCAACGCGGAAGACAGUCGUAUGGGACAAACCAGUUCACAGGCUGACAGAAUGACUUGUUGUGUCCGGGUCAUCGUGGUGGGAGCUGGCAGUCGAGGGGAGAUCUACUCCCAGUUUGCAUCCAUCCACCCUGAACGCAUGAAGGUUGUUGCAGUAGCUGAUCCCCGAAAAUUUGCUCGCACUAAACUUCAACAGCAACACAACAUUGUAGAUGAAAACAUAUUUGAAGACUGGCACAGUAUAGUUGAAAGAGAGAAAUUUGCAGAUGCUGUGCUCAUUUGCACUCCAGACCGCCUUCAUAAGGAACCUGCAGUGGCCUUUGCAAAGAAGGGCUACCAUGUACUGUUGGAGAAACCAAUGGCAACGACUGCUGAAGACUGCACAGUGAUUGUGGAGGCUUGCAUACAGAGUGGUGUGAUGCUGUCAGUGGGUCAUGUUCUCCGCUAUGAUCCCGUCAUCCACAAGAUUAAGGAGCUGAUAGACGCUGGUGUCAUUGGUGAUGUGAUCCAUAUUCAGCACCUUGAGCCAGUUGGGUUUUAUCACUUUGCUCACUCAUUUGUUCGAGGAAACUGGAGGAAUGAAGAAGAGAGCUCUUUUGUUCUUUUGGCCAAAUCAUGUCAUGACAUCGAUCUCAUACAUCACUGGGCCGGAGGACGCAGGUGUGUUAAAAUGUCAUCAUUUGGAUCUGUCAGCCACUUCAGCAAAGAAAACAAGCCAGCAGGUGCUGCACAUCGCUGUCUGGAUUGUUCAGUAGAAGCAGCGUGUCCUUACUCAGCUCGCAAAAUCUACCUGGACAGAGUGAAACAGGGUCACACCGGCUGGCCUGUAUCAGUCAUAUGUCCGAGCUCGUUCCCAGACAUCGAGUCAGUCUCUGAGGCGCUGAGGACUGGACCAUAUGGCCGCUGUGUCUACGAGUGUGACAAUGAUGUCUGCAGUAACCAGGUUGUUAACAUGGAGUUUGAAGGAGGUCUGACUGCAGCCUUUUCCAUGGUGGCGUUCACUGAGGAGAUAUGCCAGCGAAAAACAACUGUCUAUGGCAGCAAGGGGGAGCUGUCAUAUGACGGUCAUGGGAUACAAGUGUUUGACUUUCUAACUCAGAAAUCCACAAAACACACAGCACACAAUAACGCUCCCGGACACUUUGGCAUGAGUGGACAUGGUGGAGCGGACUACCACCUCAUAAACGCCUUUAUCUCUGCUGUGGCGAACAACGAUCCAUCUCUGAUCCGCUCGGGUCCUGAGGAGACGCUGCUGAGCCAUUUGCUGGUGUUUGAAGCUGAGCGUUCACGACUGGAGAGCAGAGUGGUGUACUGUGGUGACACAAGCCAGAACUAGAUGACUAAACAACAUUUUAAACCCAAAAUGAUGUCAUCUUAAAACAAACACUAUAAUGAUAUCUGACUGAUUAAUGAAACAAUUAGACUGACAAAAAAAAGCCAAAUUUUGAAGUUUAAUCAGGAUGAUGUAAUUCACAUUGCUCAGGGAUUUUAGUUGUGUAUAUGUACUGUGUGUGUGUGACAGAGAGAGAGUGUAUGGGUAAAUCUGCUCAGUUUUUAAAUUUUUUGUACUAUGUAAACAUGAUUUGUUUGUUCAUUUUUCAUGUUACAAUUUCUUGAAAAUAAAUGUUUAUGUAACACAUACAUAACAGUGAUUUCGACUGAAAAGUUGUGAAUCUGCUGAAUUAAAAUGUGUCUUCAAAUGAUAGUUUUCUCUAAAUGUCAUCCCACACAUGACUUUUGUAUAUCUCAGU